CACAUUGCCUCAGUCGUUUAGUAACUGUUGCAUCCAUCGUACGUUGUCAUAUUCUUCCAGAUUGCCGUGUUCGUGUUCAUUCCAUACACUUACUCACUCACUCACCCAUUCAUUUAUCCAAAGCUUUGGCUUUAGUGUUCACCGUUGAAAGCAAACUGAACACCAUCCAAACGAAUCAAAAUAUUAUCGUGCGUUAACGGUUAAUAAAUUGUGUACAAACAACGAUUUGCUUGAGUAAAAAAAAGAUAAGAUAGCAAAAAAGUAAUUAAGAAAAUCGAUAUUGCCAAAGUCGUUCGAUUCUUAAAAUAGCCGGAAAAGAAAAAAAAACAACGAUUGCUUGCCGGUUCGCGCCAAAAUCGAAAGUGUAUUUUUUUGGGAAGCUUGCAAGGAAAAAGCUAAGAAACCAAGGCAACAAAUGAUAAAUGAUAAACAAAAGUGGCCGUUUGAGAGAAAAGAAAAAUAAAGUGAGAAUUAAGUGUUGAAGAUUCAAAAGCAAAAUAAGCAUCUCCAAAAAGAGUAUCCAAUUGGAAAUGAUAAAAAAAUCAAGAAAUCAAUAAAAAUUUUGAAAAUAAGAAAAAAGUUUUUUAAGAAUUAAAAAAAAAAUAUAUUUUAAAAAUUAAUAAAAUCAUUAAACAAAAAGUGUUCAAAAAUCAAAAAUCUUCUUAAUACUUAAAAAAGAAACUCAAGUUUAACUGCAUCUAAUAGAUCAUCGUACUCUUGGACCAACAAAACUAUAGAAAUCAUCAUCAUCAUCAUGUCUCGUAUUUGCCUGGAUCAUCAACACAUGGGUGUACGCCACCAUCUCACGAAGCAGUUCUAUGUGGUUUUAUCUGUCUUCUUCAUAUUAACAGAUGCCAUGGCACGUGCCCAGGUGAAUGUUGAGCCCAACACAGCCGUACUGAAUGAGGGAGAUCCCACCGAAUUGUUGUGCCGCUAUGCCCACCAUUCAAUCACUUAUUGUCGAAUUGAAAUCCCCGGAGAGCCAAAGGUGUUCAAUUUAUCGCCCGAUUGGAAUAAAACGCCAGGUUUUACCUACUUUGGCAAAGGUCUGCAAAAUGGCGAGUGCGGUGUCAACAUACAACGUGUCAAAGCCAUUAAUAAUGGCCAAGUGAAGUGUAAUUUGGGUGUAGAGGGUGAGGAACUAUCGGGAACCAUUGAUUUGGUAGUGGCAUUGCGUCCCAAACAGCCCGCAGUGGAAUUAAUGACCAAGGCAGAUAGUGAAGGCUAUUUCAGCGAAGGCGUAACAUUCCAGGCCCGUUGCAUUGUACCCGAUGGCCGCCCAGCCGGAAAUAUCACCUGGUUCUUGGACAACGAACCUGCUAACAAACCACUUGGACAGAUGGAAUUUGUGGCCUCGCAUCCCGCCAACACUGGUCUAGAAUUGGCCACCACCAUUCAAAGCAUCAAAUGGAAUUUGGGACCCGAAGACAAUGGCCGCAAAUUAAUUUGCCGUUCUCACCAUCAGACCGAUCGUGAAAGUUUGCCACCUCAAGAGGGCUCUUAUACGAUUUUAGUGCGUUAUGCCCCCAUACACAAAGAGGAUACCACCGUCUAUGGUUUGUAUUUGGAACAAACGGUCAAAGUUAACAUGACUAUUCGUGCCAAUCCUGCACCAGUUAUCGAAUGGACGAUUGAUGGUGAGGUGGUGCGUCAGGGCGAACAAAAAGGUCGUUUCUCAGUAUUCGAACCCGAAUAUUUGGGUCAAGAUAUGUAUAAUGUGACCAUGAUCAUUGCCGGUCUAACUCUUGAGGAUACAACAAAAACCUACAUUCUAAGAGCAUCGAAUGCUUUGGGCACUACCGACUACAAUGUACAUCUCAGUUCAUCGGCUACACCACCAUCGAGUGGUUUGGAAAUCGGAGCUAUUGUGGGCAUUGUUGUAGCUGUGGCAGUGCUUAUUUUGAUUGUUUUAUUGGUUUUGUUUGCCCGCGCAACUGGCAGAUGGUGUUUUGGAGGAAAAUCCGUAAAGAUGACCACUAAUGAAACCGGCAAUAAAGCCCAGCAACACGGCCAAAGUGUGGCCCUUUUGGAAACUCCAAAUGGGGUUACCAUUAUUCCAAAUAAUGGUGCCACAACAUCUAAUGGCCAAAAGAUGGAUCAUGACACCUCCGAUGUUCAAAGACGUCGCCUAAGCACCGAUGACUCCUUCGAAUAUGCCACAGAUCGUGAGAGCAGUGUCUACAACCCAACAACAAUACCUUUGCGUUCGGUUAUGGCUUCUGCUGGUGGCCGCAAUACCCGCAAGUCGGUGGAUAGCGACAACCCAACGGAACAAGCGGAUCUACUAACCAAGGGAAAUGAGUUGGGAAUUCCAGAAUCGAGAUUCUCGCGUUGGAUACCCAAGGACCAAAGGGAAAUUCUUGAGAAACAAGCUCGUCUAUUGGCAAAUCGUGCCCAAGCUACAAAAACGCCCGAACCUCGACCACGAACACCAACACCAUCAACAAAGGGUCCGGCACCAGCCGUGCCAACAACGGCGAAGCUUACAACGAGGUCAAAUAUAAAUGUGCCUACGGAAACUGAAAUCUAAUGCGAUACGAUACGAAAUUGAAAGAAGACAUUGCAAAAUUAAAGAACUACAAAGUAUUGAAUUUAUUAUAAUUUUUAAUUCUGUGGAGAGGUUACCAGUGAUGAGAGUGUUAAAACUCAAUCUGAUAUAAAUGCAAGGUUUUAAGAUGAACAAAAUAUAUAUAUGGUUUUAAAUUGAUAGAAUCCUUGCGUUCGUCGGUACAAAUUAAAUUAAAUUCAGCCAGGCGGAAAAAAAAUCACUUGAGUGUGAGCCCAAAGAAAUUUUCCAAAAUCAGAUAAAACAUUCAAUCUGAAUUUUUGUAAAAUUUAAUUACAAUCUAGCCAUAUACGUUCGUAAUGUAUGACCCAGCAAAAACUAGGUAAGCUCAUGUCAUUACACACUGGCAUACCAGUAAACUGAUUCUUGUUACUCGUAGGAAUACCCAGUAAUGGGUUACCUAUAAUGAGUUAAAUUAUUACUUAUUGCUAGUAAGAAGUUUAAGAAUACCCAAAAAUUAAGCAAUAAUCCAAAAGCAAAUUUGAAAAUGAAAAGAAUUCUGUUAAAUCUUAAAGUAAUUAAAAAAUUUUCAAGAAAUCAAUAAUUUUUACACCCACCAUCGAAGGGUGGGGGAAUAUUCAUGUAGUCAUUCCGUUUAUAACACUUUGAAAUAUCAAUUUCCGACCCUACAAAGUAUACAUAUUUCGGAUCGUUGUAAAAUUCUAAGACGAUUUAACGAUGACCGUGUGCUUGUCCGUCCGUCUGUCCUUCCGUCUGUUGUAAUCACUCUACAGCCUUCAAAAAUUGAGAUAUUGAGCUGAAAUUCGGCACAGAUACGACAUUUUGAUGCACGCUGGUUAAGUUCUUGAACGGGCCAAAUCGGACCAUAUAUGGAUAUAGCUGCUAUAUAGACCGAUCUGCCGCUAAAUGGUCUAAUGCCCAUAAAUGCUUUAUUUUUUAGCCGAUUUCGCUGAAAUUUGAAACAGUGAGUAGUUUAGUUCCCGACAUCUGACCCAAAUAUGGAUUAGAUAGGACCAUAAAUAGAUAUAGCUGCCCUAUAGACCGAUCUCAAGAUUAAGGGCCUAAAGCCCAUAAAAGCUUUAUUUAUUAUACGAUUUCGCUGAAAUUGGAAACAUUGGGCUAUUUUAAGCCUCUCGACAUCUGAUAUUAAUUAGUUCACAUCGGACUAUAUUUUUAUAUAUAGCUGCCCUAUAGACCGAUCUCCCGAUUAAGGGUCUUAAAGCUUUAUUUGUUAACCGAUUUCGCUGAAUUUUCAAGGUUUUACACCUCCCAACAUCUGACAAAAAUAUGGAUUAGAUCGGACUAUAUUUGGAUAUAGCUGCCCUACACACCGAUCUGGCGAUAAAGGGUCUAAUGCCCAUAAAAGCUUUAUUUAUUACCCGAUUUGGCUGAAAUAUGAAAUAGUGAGUUAUCUUAAGCCACCUGACACCUGACCUUAAUAUAGUUUAAAUCGGACUAUAUUUAGAUAUAGCUCCCAUUUAGACCAAUCUCCCGAUAAAGAGUCUGAAGCCCAUAAAAGCUUUAUUUUUUAAAUGAUUUCGCUGAAAUUUGAUACAGUGAGUAGUUUUAAGCCUCCCAACAUAGGAUCCAACAUCCGACCCAAAUAUGGGUCAGAUCAGACAAUAUAGAUAUAGCUGUCAUUUACAAAUUGUCUGAAAAUGUUACUUGUAUAUGAGUUCUCGGGACCUGAAUAAAAUAUGAUCGAGACCAGCCCCUUUUAAGAUAUAGCUACGUAUAUAGUAGUGGAGUUAUAAUAAAAUAGAAUGAUGACUAAAUCCUUGUUUAAUUUGGUCCACAUCGGCCCAGAUUUGGUUAUAGGUGCCAUAGAGAACGAUCGCUCGAUUUAAAAUCUUGGCCCUAUAAAAAGCGCAUUUAUUAUCCGAUUUCGUUGAAAUUUGACGCAGUGACUUAUGUUGAGCUUUUCGACAUCCGUGACCUAUGUUGUUCAGAUCGGUUUAUAUUUGAAUAUAGCUGCCAAAGAGACCAAUAUUUAUAUAUUAGACCACUCAAUGUCCGUGCCAAAUUUGGGGGCAUAAGUUAUCCAAUAUUCACCGGAUUUUGACGAAAGGUGGUUAACAUAUAUACCAGAGGUGGUGGAUAUCCAUCGGCCCGGCCCAACUUAACGCCUUUUUACAUGUUUUCAUACUUUUUAUGAUUUUGACAUUUUUUAUUUAACAUUAUCGAUGUAUCGAGGUAAACUGUCUAUAUCAUCUGCACUUUUUAGAGUAUUGACAUUAAUUUUCCGUACUAUUCUAUCAAACUCAUAGAGAAAGUGGCUCAGAGGUCUCUUAACAUGCCAUUUCCAAAAAAAAUUAGGUUUUUUGGUACCACAGUAACUUGCCUGUUCUAGAAGCCUCUUUAAUGACUUUGAGCCAAUAUGGAACAAAUAUAGAUUGAAGGUGUUGAAAAUUCUCAAGACCCUGUUGGACCCUUCCCGGGCUUGCUUUCUGGGCAGAUUUUCCCGUAUUUUUGUGAUCUAAUUUGAAAUUCUUUUCAUUUAAGUACCAUAUCGCCUACAUUGUCAUGGAGUAAAAAAUGAGUACCAAAUAUUGGAAGCCCUUGAUAGCUGUAUUGGAAAAGUAAAACACAUUCUCUUUCAUGCGUGACACCUACAAGAUAUGCAAAGAUCAGCUAUCGAAAACGGUUAAAAGGCAUGCCUUAAAUAGUUGCGAGUAUGCCACUAUUUUAAAGCAAUAAGUAUAAUUAAAUCGAAGCUUUUAUUUUUCAUACUUCGGUAUGUUUAGAGGUAUGCCAGUAUUUGUAUUUGUACGAAUAAUUCAUUAUUCGUCAUCUGGUGGUGUGUUUUCUUGAAGCACUUUCCUUGAAGGUCAUGCCCAUAUUGAAAUAUCAAUGCAGAUAUAUCUACUAGUAAGUGGUUACAGAAUCUUGUUUCGGGUUACCCAAUUACGUACCCGGUAAUAUGACUUUUGCUGGGUAUGAAUUCGAAUAAUAAGUACAGAUCAUUGUUUUGUUCAAUGAAUGCAUGAAGUUGAGACAUAACACACAUAUUUCUGCCAUCAUUAAGACCGUUCUCCAAGUUGAACAUAUAACUUCAUAUUUAAUUUGAAUUCGCAAUUUUUGAGUGAGAAGUUAUAUUAAAUACCAUAUAUGUUGGAGGAGAGCGUCUUAUAGGAACAUUCCUCCCGCCAAUCCCGAAGAGUUCUUUAUUAAAAAAUAAGAAAAAGAUUACAAGUAACUUAAAUAAUGGACAAGUAAAAAUCAUGUAUUUAGUUAUGUCUCAAACUAUGGUUUAGAUACAUUUUCAACACCAUCAUCUUUUCUUUUAAAUAUUGUAUAUAAAAGUCAAGCUACUGUGCAGACGUGUUUUUUGAAAUCUAUUUGUUCCACUACGAAAGUUAUAGCCAUACUGUUGGCAAAUUGUUUCAGCAUUGUCUGGCUGUGUUUUGUUGCAUCGUUCAUUCUUUGAGCUGUUUUCAGCAAAUCAAUAUUUCUAAAUUUGUGUCAACAGAAAUAUUUGUUGUUGUUUCUUUGUGCUGGUUUUCAACAGAGAGUUCAAAUCGCCCAAUUUUCUUUUGCUUUUGUGCUCCCCUUCACUCUCUCUGACGACAAACAACUUUUCGUGAUUGCAUCAUUUCUGUUUUGUGAGAAUCAACUUGUCAUCAUUGUUACUGCCUUCAUUGAUUUUCUAUCACCUGUUCUUACGAUCCUGUUUUUCACCAUACUAGUGGUUGUUGAACACACUAAGGAUUUUCUUUAUUCACCACUUAUGUCUUUCUUCUUUACCUUAUUACUAAAAUCCCACUGAAGAUUGUAAUUAAGCUUCAAUGAGCCCUUUAAACCCAAACUGCAAAAUGAAUAAGGAAAAAAAAUGAGACCAUGGUGUCAUGCUGGCUCUGCCUUUCAUUACUUCAAUCAAAAUGCGUUUGACUUGCUGCUCGCACUGAAAGAUAUUGCUGAAAGAUAAAGGCCUUCGUUGGUGUUGUUCUAAAUGUAAAACCUAUGAUGCCGAAUUCUUCACAUUUUUCACAAAUACGAAAAUGGAGGUUGGUCUUAUAAGCACCGCAUUACAGGCCCUUGUAAAUAAUUUUGGAAAGUAUAAAGAAAUCUUUAAUAGCGCUUCUUGCUUGGUACAAUUUCUUCAUUCGACCAACGAUUCCACAAGCAAAAGAAAGAAACCUACUUCGAAAUCAGAUAGCAAUCAAAAUAUUACUAAUGAUAAUACACGUGUCAACUAUUAUUGUUAAUGAACUAAAUGAAUAACCAGUCCAAGCUUCCUGUAUCCAUUUUCAAUAUCCAUCUGCAAAUACUCCCAUGAAUGUACCCCCGCUGGCCCAAAUUCUUAUUUCAUCCCAUCUAACACUCCUCAGGUUACAAAUGAACUACGACAACUAAAAGACAUUGUUGCUAAAAGAAAAACUAUUUUUGCCUUACGUUUUUCGGAUGAUACUUUGCCUGAGGAUAUAUCAUUUUACAUUAAGGAAAAACAAGUUCAAAUUCUCUGUGAUAUAGAGCUUAUUCUCCGUGACAGAGCAGCUUCUUUAAAAAUUAUUAUCACAGAAGAUGAUUUCGAUGCCUUUUGGCCUCCUAAAGCUGUUAUCCAUAAGUUCGUCUACGGAGAAGUUUUUCUGUUCCCGUAUACGCUCAAAAACAGCUUAACCGAUUUUUAUUCAUUUUUCAGUGUUUGCGGAGUUUGGCCUCCGGCAAAAUUAGGAUACCUAAUUUUUCGAUAUCCAAUGGCAGUGCAGACCCUCCUCCUAGCCUUUUUUUUUUAAACGACAGUUCUGGGUUAUACGUUCACUAGCUUAAGCGAAAUUUGUAUUCGCUCUUAUGGUAGCCAAAAAACAUAAAAGGGGAACUGGAAUCUGCGGAUAUGCCUCUAUCGACAUGUGAGACAAGUUUUCAGAACCAGGUCCGAUGAGCAACGAAAGGGGGAAUGUGAACACUCCAUAAUUAUAUGGCCUAAUCUCAGUCAUUGUGUCCGCCUUGACAGGUCAAUGUCUGAUCGGAAAAUAUGUUGACAGACUGAAGAUUGCAAAUAACGACUUUUGCAAAAGCUGUGAGAACGUCGAGGAAGAAAAGACGAUAGGACAUCUACUGUGUGAGUGUUUCGCACUAGCAGUCAGAAGGAAUUCUACUAGCGGUUCUCAUUUCUUAGAGAAUUUUUCUGAUGCAGCGAUUGUGAAAAUUUGCAAUAUAUUGGGCUUCUGGAUGUUUCAAAAGUAGGAAUUAGAAGGCAUUUCCUUCUCCUGCUCCUGUGGUAUCACAAUGGACGAAUUCGUGUUUGGAAUUUUGGUGUCGGGUUUUUGGUAUAUGUAUACUAUACCCUAAUCGAAAUGUUCACCGAUAAGGACAAUAUCGAAUGAAAUGUAUUUUAGAGUAGUAUACGAAACUGAAAUACAAAUUGGGACGUGUUUAUCGAUAGGGGCAAUAUCGGUAUCAAAUGAAAGGUAUUGGCAAGUAAACCACAAAUCUGAAAUAAAAAAGUUGUCCAAAGGUGUGAGGGCCACAAAAUUCAAAAUGAAUAUCAAACAAGUAAAAACGUGUUAACUUUGGAUACCUACCACCAUGUAUAAAUUAACCAUCCUCUUUUAUAACAACUCCACUGCCAUAUUUAUAGUAGUAUGCAAAUGGGAGCUGGUUUUGAUUCUAUUUGCUUCAGGUCCCGAGAACUCUCUUACAAGUCACAGUUUCAGCAAAAUCGGGUAACAAAUCUACUUUUUGAUGGGAUUGGAAACCCUAAAUUGGAAUAUUGGUAUAUGUGGCAGCUAUAUCGGGUAAUAAAUAAAGCUUUUAUAGGCUUAAGACCCUUAAUUGGCAGAUUGGUCUAUAUGGCAGCAAUAUCUGAACCACAUUUGAAUCGGAUAUCGGGAGGCUUUAUUCAACUCACUAUUUCAUAUUUCAUUGAAAUCGAUUAAUAAUUGCGGCUUUUAUGAGCUUAAGACUUUAAAUCGGCAGAUCAGUCAAUACGGCAGCUAUAUCUAAAUAUUGUCCGAUUUGAACCAUCUUUGAGUCGGAUAUCGGGAGGCUUAAAACAACUCACUUCUUCAAAAUUUAGCGAAAUCGAAUAUUAAUUCCGCCUUUUAUGGGCUUAAGACUCUCAAUCGGCAGAUCAACCUAUAUGGCAGCUAUAUCUUAAUAUUAUCCAAUCUAAGCCAUAUUGAAGUGUGAUAACGGAAGGCUCUCUGUUUCAAGUUUCAGCGAAAUCGGGUAAUAAAUGCAGCUUUUAUGGGCUCAAGAUCCUAAAUCGGCAGAUCGUUCUAUAUGGCAGCUAUAUCUGAAUACGGACCGAUCUGAACCAUAUUUAAGUCAGAUGUCCGGAGGCUUUGAUCAACUCAACAUUUUAAAUUUCAGCGUAGUCGGAUAAUAAUUGAGGCUUUUAAGGGCUUAAGUCCCUAACUGAGCAGAUCGGUAAUAUGAAAGCUAUAUCUAAAUGUGGUUCGAUCUGAACCAUAUUUGAGUGUGUCUCCCAUUAUAUGCUCCAAGCCGGCAUAACAGUCUAUAUGGCAGCUUUAUGUAAAUAUGGUCCGACAUAGACCAUAUUCGGUUUGAAUUUCGGGGCCCCUAGUACAACUUCCUGUUUAAAAUUUCAUCGAAAUCGGACAAAAAAUUACGGGUCGUAGACCUUAAUUCGCUUGAUCGCUGCGCACUCUAAAAACCCGCAGUAGGACAUAAGGUCCAAUCGGGUCUAUGAAAAUACAGAAAGAAAAGAAAGUGAACAUAAAUCUUGAAUGAAAUUAGGGAUUAAGAACCUUGGUGGCCGGCCCCCAAAUAAAAUAACGCUCAACUGUCAUCUCUGCUUAUGACGCUAAACGCUUGGGUUCGAAUCGUGGAGAGAAAUUUUUCAGCGGUGGUUAUUCCCUCAAAUUAUUAGCGCCAUUUGUGAGGUACUGUCCAAUGUAAAAACUUCUCCCGGAAGAGGUGUAGCACUGCGGCCCGCCGUUCGGAUUCAGCUAUAACAAGGAGGCCCCUUAUCAUUGAGCUAAAACUUUAACCGGACAGCACUCAAUGAUAUGUGAGAAGUUUGUCCCUGUUCCUAAUUGGAAUGUGCAUGGCCAAAUUUGCAACUGUCAUGUAGGCCGAUGGGGGUUAUAUUGUGUACGAAUGAACGAACAUGUAGGCCAGUGAAAGACUUUGUUAGUUAUUAGUUGGCUAUCAUAUAGCGUUCGUUUCACUAGUCGAACACAGAAUAGAUUUCUAAGCACUCGGUCUUCUGCGCUCUUUCUUCAAUUUCGGUUGGUCUUGCUAUCAAAGAAUUGGUCUUCCAGUUCUGCGUUUGCCAUAAUGUUAAGUCGGAAUUCUCCGACUUUGGUGAAUCCUCCCUCUGAUAAUCCAAUUUCUAAUGGGGACAAAUUGUCGGCAGCUGCGGAUUCGACUUCGUCAUUUAUUAAAGUUGCGCCUUCAAGAGGUUCAAUCAUACCCACUUGCUAUUGUCGUCUUAUAACAUGAUUGUUGUUGCUCCAUGGAAGACAGUGUUUGUAUCCAGUCCUCAAACUUCAAUUGACAACAGCCGGAGUUAGAUGUAGUCUAAGAAAGAUGAUUUAUUGAUAAAGAUUUAAAGGUGAUACUUGUUCUUUUAAAAUUAUAGUUCAGAGCAGUUUCUUGGACACUAUAGUUAGUACUUUAUUUUGAUAUCUUGGUAAAGAAGUAUUUUUUUAAAGAACGUUCAACUAAAAGGGCUGUUAGUAUCUGACCAGCGCCAAAAUAUUAACAAACAUCUUACUUAUUCUUUGUCAAACCAUUUGGGAUUUUAAUAAAAAAUAAGGAACUGUUCCAUUGAGAGUUUUUACUGCGAAUAAAGAAUUAUUGUAUUUACUGAAUUUUUGCUGUCUUUUUGGAUACCGAUAUACUUUUCGAUAGUUAUUAAGUCUUUAGAAUGAAUAGAAUGCAUAAAAAGGGAGUAGAAUUCUAAUAGCAGUUCAUAAUUUGAUUAGUUCGAAGACUUGUGAUGGUUCAGCUUACCUAGACAUUGAAUUUGUUUGUGUAAAAUUGGUAUUAACUGGUAACACUAUUUGUUUAACUUGUUUGUAUAUUGCACCUAAUUCGGAACUUGAGAUUUGCUUAAGCUGAUCUUAGUUUAAGCGAAAAAAUAUACCAAUAAGCACAUUAGUCAUUCAAGACCAAUAAGGAAGGGCAAAAGUUGGGCGGUGCCGACUGUAUAAUACCCUAAACCUAUCCUAUAAGUACAAUUUGGGAGUUUUAUCCAUUUAGGAACCAAUUUUGAUAGACCUCGGCCAGCAAAUAUGUUCAAACUGUAAUAACUACGGUUAAAAAAUGACAACAUUAUUGCUAGUUACCCGAAAUCUGACGAACAUAUAUAUGGGAGCUAUAUCUAAUUCUGAACCUAUUUCGAGCAAACUUCUCAGAUAAUGUGGUAGUCGUCGAGGAAAGCGUUGUGCUAAAUUUUGGGAAGAUUGGUCAAACAACGCUCUUGCAGUGGCUCUUGGGAUGAAAAUCUAUAUACAUAUAUGACAGCUAUAUGUGAAUCUGGACCGAUUUCUAUGAAAUUCAACGUUAAUAUCGAGAGUCAUAAGAAAAUUCUUCCUCAGAAUUUCGAGAGAAUUGUUUAAAAAAUGUGCACUUUCUUGCAAUAUUUAUCAAAACCGGACGAACAUAUAUAUGAGAGCUAUACAAAAAUCUGAACCGAUUUCAGCAAACUUCUCAGAUACUGUGGCGGUCGUCGAGGAAAGCGUUUUGCAAAAUAUUUAGCAUGAUGGGGAAAUAAAUGAGCUUGCUGUGACUCUAGGAGUGAAAAUCGGGCGAUAUAUAUAUAUAUAUAUAUAUAUAUAUAUGAGAGCUAUAUCUAAAUCUUUACCGAUAUCCAUGAAAAUACCAAAUAUGUCGAGAGUCAUUAGAAAAUUUUUUCUCCCAAAUUUCGAGAGAAUCGGGUAACAAAUGGCCAAUUUAUUGCAUUAUUACUGCAAUUCGGACGAACAUAUUUAUGGGAGCUGUAUCCAAAUCUGAACCGAUUGUAAUGAAAUUCAACUGUAAUAUCGGGAGUCAUAAGAAAUCCUUCCUGCCAAAUAUCGUGAGAAUCGGUUAACAAAUGACCAUUUUAUUACAGUAUUACUGCAAAACGGACGAACAUAUAUAGGGGAGCUAUCCUCUGCGCGACCGUAGCGCAGAGGUUAGCAUGUCCGCCUAUGACGCUGAACGCCUGGGUUCGAAUCCUGGCGAGACCAUCAGAAACAAAUUUUCACCGGUGGUUUUCCCCUCCUAAUGCUGGCGACAUUUGUGAGGUACUAUGCCAUGUAAAACUUCUCUAUAAAGAGGUGUCGCACUGCGGCUCGCCGUUCGGACUCGGCUAUAAAAAGGAGGCCCCUUAUCAUUGAGCUUAAACUUGAAUCGGACUGCACUCAUUGAUAUGUGAGAAGUUUGCCCCUGUUCCUAAGUGGUAUUUUCAUGGGCAAAAUUUGCAAUUUGCAAUAUUCAAAUCUGAAACAAUAUUUUCCAAUUUCAAUAGACUUCGUCUCUAGGACGAAAAAUACGCCCCUACCAAAUUUGACAUAUCUAAAUCGAAAAAGAAAGUGAUUCUGAGUCGAUCGGUAUACUUCCCAAUGGGUCUAUCUCUCUUCCUUUUGGGUGUUACAAACUAAUUCACAAAGUUCUAAUACCCAGCACCACAGUAGUGGUGUAGGGAAUAAAAAUUCUUAAAGCGACAUCCUUAACUCAAUGACUCUCGAUUUCCUUGUUCUUAGAGCAUUUAUAUUACUAUAAGUUUUAUACCCACCACCAGAGGAUAGGGGAAUACUCAUGUAGUCAUUCCAUUUCCAACACAUCGAAAUAUCCUUUUCCGACCCUGUAAAGUAUAUGUCUCAUAAAAUUCUCAAACGAUCUUACGAUGUCCGUGUGUCUGUCCGUUUGUUUAUCCGUCCGCCUGUUUUAGUCACGCUACAGCCGUCCAAAGUUGAGUUAUUGUGCUCAAAUUUUGCACAGACCUGUACUUUUAUUCCCACCACCGAAGGAUAGGGGUAUGUUCAUUUUGUCAUAAAAAGCCAUGUCUGCUGAAAUCACGAUACAGUCUUUAAAAGUAGAUAUAUUUAGCUGGAAUUUUGCACAGAUUCUUUUUUUGUCCAUAGGCAGGUUAUGUUCGAAGAUGGGCUAUAUAUCUUGACAUAGCCCCCAUAUAGAACGAUCCGCCGAUUUAAAGUAUCAGGCCUAUAAAAGCCACAGUCCAGAUUUGGGUAUAGCUGCCAUAUAGACCGAUCUCCCGCUUUAACACUUUUGGGCCAUAAAAAGCGUAUUUAGUGUCCGAUUUCGCUGAAAUUUGGAACUGUGAGUUGUGUUAGGGCCUUCGACAUCUUUCUUCAGCUAUAUCCAAAUAUAGACCGAUCUGAACCAUAUACGACACGGAUGACGAAAAGCCAAACGUAAGUCACUGUCAAAUCUGGACCGAUAUGGGUUCAGAUUUGGAUAAAGCUGCCAUAUACAUAGACCAAUCUCUCGAUUGUAAGUCUUGGCACCAUUAAAAGGCACAUUUAUUAUCCGAUUUCGCUGAAAUUUGACACAAUGACUUAUGUUUGGCUUUUCGACAUCCGUGUCGUAUAUGGUUCAGAUCGGUCUAUAUUUGGAUAUAGCUACCAAAACGGCAAAUAUUUUGUUCUACAAAAUUGAACAAUGACUUGUACUUAUUAAACCACUCAAUGUCCGUGCCGAAUUUGGUCCAAAUCAAACCAUAUUUCGAUAUAAAUUCAACACAUAAAUUCAACAAGUAAAUAGGCGUAAAGUUCGUCCCGGCCUUUUUUUCUUGUUGAAUUUCAAUUUACGAUUCGAUUUUUUGGAACCAAAUCGAGGUAUUACAUUGGAAGUAAAUCGAGGUAAUACUGUAUAAACCUGUAUACAGGAAAAGAUUCGAUUAUUCAAUCCUACUUUUCCAACCGAAAGCUGACGAUCUUACGAAGCUAUGGAGUUAUACAAAUGUUUACAUUGAAACGAUAAAAGUGGAUUCGAAUCGACAUAUCCAGGAAAACAUACCUUUGGAUAGUUUUAAAUGUUUUUGGUCAUUGCUUUCUGAUUUGCAGGUUAUCUCUGUCAUGGUUCUUACUAAUAUCAAUAAUGCAUAAAGAAGUUACAAUGAUGAAGCCCCAUAGAGUAACUUGUUUCAAAAAGUUUCAUUGCACUCUCCUUAACACUUAAGCUGGUAACCUUUCUGUUAGAAAUAUUAAAUGUAUCAUCAGCAAAUGAAAAACUAGCGUCACAAGACUGCUAAUUAAUAAAA